CCAGAGGCGUGGGUGCGCUUGGAACUGCACAGGAUUCCCGUGGAUCUCAGCAUAUAUUUCGUGCCAGACAUGGUGAUAUCAUUUCAGUAUGAUAUAUGAUCAAGCAAGUCUUUAGAUGUACAGAAGGCUGCUUUGUAUGAUCGGAUUGGAUUGAUCUAAUGUCAAGGUUGACUGGAUUAUGGAUCAAGUAUUUUGUCAGGAUUGUAGACAACUGCCGGCCUUUGUUUAAUCAAUAUUCGAACGAGUAGCGAUUUCAGCCUUUCAAAAUGACUAUGCCGCAAGAAGAUUUGGCGGACUAUCUCACGACCGAAAUACGCAAUCAGGAUCCACUGCAUUCUGAACUACUCCGGGAUCUGGCCAAGCUUGCGUCGAGUCCGAUGGUUAAUGAAGAGGACUUCCAUGCCACUUUUCUGAAGGUCGUAACGCACUCUGGAAUUGAGACAAGGUUACAGAAUGCUGUUUUUCAUCUCAUGAGAAGGAAGAUUUUUGGCUUGGGAGGGCUUCACAACCAUCUCAAUCCAAGACAGACGUCCUUGUCACACGUCAAUAAGUUUCAACAACAAUGGGAGCGACGAAUAAGUAAAAGCAUCAAUUCAAUGGCUUCCGAAUUAGGCGUUUGUUUGGCUAAGGUUCGUUGUCAAGAAGAGCAGGAUGAGAUCCUUCACAAAUGGACCGAGUUGUCCACUUUGGACCUGGACUUGUCGCCCUUUAGGCCCGUGUAUUCGCCCAAGGAUUUCCUGGACAUCCUAGCUCAGAUUUCGAGUCCCAAUUUGGCGGAACACUGCCGACCUUGGGGAGUGAUCUCGAUUCCAUUGAGUGUUCCAAAUCUGGAUCACCUUCGAGAGAAGUUCUCGGAAUUGGCCAAAGGCGAGUCACAUCUUGGACUGAAUCCUCUGACAUCGAGUUCCGAAGAUCCAGGGAUCACUAUCGAGACGGAACGGUACAACUUGGGCCAGAAAGUGAUAGCGAGCAAUCAUGCUCCACUCUCGCAGGAAUUUCUCAAGCGAGGUGCACCCCACAGUCUUCGAGGCCAACUCUGGUCUCAAGUGUUGGGAUCAGAGAUGUGUUCCAAGGCUGACGUGGAGCACUAUCAAGCUCUCAAAGAUUCAGUCAUUCAGCACGACAUUAUGAUCGACAAACUCAUUAUCAAAGAUGUCCAAUUAACAGCCGGCAACGACGAUAACUACUUCGUUUUCGCCGACGUUCUCCUCCAGACCUUGCUUUGCUUCAGCCGAGAUACGAAGAUCUUGGACAAAUUCCAAUACAGCUCGAGCAAUCCACCCAAGGCCAUUUUGAGGGGGAAACAUUCUGGAUUGGAAAAUAUGGUCAUCUAUCCUCCCAAUGGUAUUGUUCCAUUCCAUGGGUUCGCCAUGUAUGCCGCUCCAUUUUGCUACGUGUACGCUGACCCGGUUCAACUAUACAUGACAUUUCGAGCCUUCUAUCUUCAGUUUUGUUACAAACUUCAUGAAAUGUCUGCCGACCCUCAAGGAAUUGUCUCUUUAUGUGCUCUAUUUGAGCACUUGAUUGAGACCCAUGAACCCGACCUUUGGUCGUACUUACUCUCGUUGGAAAUCCAACCCUUGCGUUUAGUAUUUCGUUGGCUAGUACGCGGAUUCGCCGGCCAUUUGCUGCCUGACCAACUGCUUUAUUUGUGGGACAUCGUCUUGGCCCACGAUUCCAUGACGGUGUUUCCACUUUUUGCUGCCUCGAUUCUCAGCUUCCGGAAAGACAAUAUCAUGCAAGUGGAUACUUUGUCCAGCGUUGAGGCGGUUUUGGCGGAUCUCUCCUCACUUCCGGUGGUUCCAUUGCUUCAGCAUGCCUUGGAACAAAACAAGAUGAACUGAGUACGUGAUGGGUGAAGAAUGUCUUCAUAUACAAAGAGCACCACACCACGUGCGUAUUAGAAAUACAAUUAUCAUGCCAUGAGUUCGAAUAUUGAUGAGGCUCACACAUUCUCCCCUCAACACCAGCACGUCAUCAUGAAUUUCCCAACAAGAGACAUGCCGCAUUAGUAUCGUAUUUUAAAGAGCAUUAGUAUCCAUCGUCCUCUGACUUGGGAUUAAAUCAAUGUACAG